GAAAGUGUAUUAGGAAGUUAAUAACAAAGUAACAACAUGUCUUUUCAUAUUGAAUGUAGUACUGCUGAUCAAACAGAACCUGAUAAUUCCGAGGUGGAUUACUUUCCUUACGAUCCAGAGGUGACAGAUUUAACUUUAAUUGUGGAAGAAAAAAAGAUACAUGUGGCCAAAGUCGUGCUAAUGGAUGCAUCACCGGUAUUCAGAAAAAUGUUUACUGAUGACUUUAAAGAGAAAAACGCAGCAGAAGUCCAUCUUCCUGGAAAAGAAUAUUCCAGUUUUGUUUCGUUUCUGAGAUGUAUUUGUCCGAGAGAAUACGUCACCCUUUCUGAGAGUUCUAUCGAAGAUCUUUUGCCAAUAGCACACGAGUACGAUGUGAGGUGCGUUUUAAGGAAAUGUGAAAAAUGGCUUUUGACAGAGCUCGAUCUUAAGAAAAAGAAAGUAUCGGGCCAUCAUUUUAGUGUUGAGGAUGACGUUGAGUAUUUCAUGAAGUGUAUAUAUUAUGGCAGCGAGUAUGGAUUGAGAGAAUUGUACGACAAAUCCUUCAAAACAAUGAUUCCAUACAAGCUUAAGAGGUAUAUGUCAAAUGAAUUCUACAAGAUGCUUCCUGAGAAAAAUAAAAGGGAACUAACAGAAACACGACUCGCAAAAAUUGAAGAAAUGGGGACAUUACUAAUUAAAAGACCAGGCAUUCCUGAGAAGAAAAAUCAGACGACCCCAUUUUACUUUUCAUCAACACCUGGUUUCUCACUAUCAACAUCUCCGACAGAAGUCUUUCAAUGUUCAGCUGAUUUAUUCAUUUAAGAAACACAGUUAAUUAUUUAGGAUGUUUAUUUUCCGAUGCGAAGGAUGACAAAAAUGACAAGAAAGUAGUAAUUAAUUUGUAGAAUUUUAAAAAUUGUAACUAGGAAGAAUUUGAUGAAAUAAGCUUAAUUUGAAACAUA